AUCAUAACAAGCAGUGUGCUGCAGACUGACGGGCUCGUCGACCUUUUUUUCCUCUGCUCUUUGUGGAGGUUGAAGCACGACUGUCUCCAAUCUCCUGACCUGCCGGUGUUCACUGCUCCAAGUGGGGGAGACGACGACAGCACUUUUUUCCUGAGGUACAGUGGUAAAGGAGUAGCUAGCUAGCUACUUUGUUACCAGGGUUUUGCCGGUUCACAUGAAGUGGAAAAGUUUGUGUCUUACGGUGGCUGCAUACAAACACUUCUCGUGGGACACCUGCUGUCAGGACGAUGAGACUCCCCACACUGCUGCCCUCUUUGGGGCUCAUGACCUGCACACUGGUGCUAAUGUUGCCGCUGUUAGCGUCCUGUCAUCCAGCACGGACCUCAGGACAGCCCAGCCUGGUGUUCAUGGAGCAGUUUAGUCGUCCACAUCUCGGAUUUAAUUGGAGAAAUAUCACCUGCCCCCUGUGCAAAGCAGUCUUCACCAUCCUUGAUAUCGCGCUUCUGAGUGAUACAAAUGAGGAGCGAGUGGCACGUGCAGUAGGUGAGGCAUGUAUCCGUCUCCAUCUGGCUGAUGAGCUGGUGUGUCGAGAAAUAACAGAGCUGUUCAGGGAUGACUUCAUCCGGGCCCUGCAGGAGUCCCUGCUGUGGCCCAGUGAAGCGUGCGCCCUGCUGGUGGGGCCUUCCUGUGGUAAAUUUGACAUCUACGCACCCUGGAACAUUACCUUACCAAAAGUCCCUAAGCCCCCUGUUGCACCACCCUCUCCUCCCAAACCUGGCUCUCCACAGAGCAGGAUCCUGUUUUUAACUGACAUCCACUGGGACAAGGAGUAUGAAGCCGGCAGCGCUGCAGACUGCAAGGACCCUCUGUGUUGUCGUAAAGACUCAGGCUCUCCCAGCUGGAGGCGGAGAGAGGCUGGGUACUGGGGAACCUACAGUAAGUGUGACCUGCCUCUGCGUACAGUGGAGAACCUCCUGGAAAAUGCUGCCAGAACCGGACCCUGGGACUGGGUCUACUGGACCGGAGAUAUACCAGCACACAAUGUUUGGUCUCAGACCAGGAAACAACAGCUGUCAGAGCUUACAGUCAUCUCCAGGCUCAUCCACAAGCACCUGGGACCUAAUGUGACAGUUUACCCUGCCGUAGGAAACCAUGAGAGUACGCCAGUAAACAGCUUCCCACCACCCUUUGUACAUGGUAACAGAUCCUCCGCCUGGCUCUACAAUACAAUGGCAGAGGAGUGGUCAGCAUGGUUACCAGAGCAAGCUUUGAACACUUUAAGAUAUGGAGGAUUCUACACAGUGGAGAUUCAGCCUGGUCUGAGAGUGGUGUCCCUCAACAUGAACUUUUGUGCCCGAGAGAAUUUCUGGCUGAUGGUGAACUCUACUGACCCUGCUAACCAGCUGCAGUGGCUAGUUCAUGUACUCCAGGCCAGUGAGGACAAAGGAGAGAAGGUACAUAUCAUUGGUCACAUCCCACCUGGCCUGUGUCUUGGAAGCUGGAGCUGGAACUACUAUCACAUUGUCAGCAGAUAUGAAAGUACAAUUACGGGACAGUUUUUUGGCCAUACACAUCUGGAUGAAUUCCAAAUGUUUUACGAUGAGAUGACGCUGACCCGCCCAUUGGGAGUGGCAUUCAUUGCUCCCAGUGUCACUACUUAUGUUAAUCUUAACCCAGGAUACCGUGUCUACUAUGUUGAUGGGAAUUACAAAGGUAGCUCUCAUCUUGUGCUUGAUCAUGAAACCUACAUCCUCAACCUCACAGAGGCAAACCACAGUCCAGGUGCACCAUUCACCCCGGAACCAAACCCGAAAUGGACACUGCUGUACCGCGCCACUGAGGCCUAUGGUCUUUCCAGUCUGUUCCCUUCUGAUUUCAAUGGGCUGAUUCGGACCUUUAUUAAUGAUGACCGAGUUUUCCAAAAGUUCUGGUACUUAAGACAUAAAGGACAUGUGUCGGAGCCCUGCAAGGAGACCUGCAAAACCACAGUGCUUUGCUUUCUGCGAAGCGGGCGCUAUGAUGAGCUGGAGCAGUGCGACCUCCUCAAUGGUUUUGGAGGAAACUUGGUUAAGGCUGCCAGAAAAACUCUUUGUUGAUCUGAGGAAGUUUGGACUGACUGGUUGGGUAGGGAAAAAGCAAUAGGACCAAAAACGAAAUUUAGCCAGAAAAAGUUAAUUCUUCCUGUUGCUGGUGGGUCAACAAGGAUUGUUGUAUGUUUGUCAUUUAUUACUGUAACAGUUUAUGUAGAUUUUGUAAAACCUGAGGGUGAGUCUGAAGAGUUCUGAGUUAUGCCUUGUGUUGCCAGUGAUGUUUUUACAAAAACAUUUCACUUAUUGUGCUUGGCAACAGGGCUUUGGGUUGCCUGUUGUUGUUUAGCAAUGCCAAUUGUGUUAAAGCUGCUUGAAAGUGUCCAGAAUGAUGUUCUGUUAAAUGCUUGAAAUGCACAAAAUAGCAGGGGUUAAGUGCUUUGUUCAAGAUUGUCAUGAUUUUGUAGUGGGUGCCUUGUGUCAGGGAAAAUCCAUCCUCAACAGCAAUCUCUUAAAGGGUUAGAUGCUUAAAUGUGACUGCUACAACAUGAAAAUUAUUUUCAGUGUUAAUGUCCUUGAGGCUUAUCAGGAGGAUGGGUUUCAUAAAAUUUGGAUGCUUUCGUCAGAUUUUCUCCACACAGGAAAUUUCAUCAAAUCCUUUCUUGGGACAUAGCCAUGACUUUGAAAGCAAACUUUCCACUGACUUUUUUUUUUUUUUUUUUACCUGUCCCACAAUGCAAUGUUCAUAUAGCAUUUGUUAGGAUUUGAAGAUUUGUAAAACCAUUCAGUAGGCCACUGACUUUAUUGAGGACUGAGUUUUGCUAAGAUGUUUUGCAGCUUACAGGAUCUAAACUCCAAUAAUUUUGACAGUCCUCUGUGGGCACUGUUGUGGAGAUUUCAGUCAGGUUUCACCUUAGUAUCUACCUUAAUGCGUGACACCAUCUGCCUCAGCAAAGAAGUCUUCAAACCUAAAAGAGGAUCAGUAUUUCUCACUGAGGUUUACUUCUGUCUGCACUUUAAUUCUUUUGUUGGCUAGUUAACUUCUAGGUUUAAUAGAGAACAACUUUGAUUGAGCUCAAGUGUGACAAGCUUGGGAAGAAUUUCAGAUCUUGAUCUAAAUGUGACCUGUGGUGUAACAUGAGCAUGACAAGAAAUGCAACUUGUAAAUUGAGCAAUAAUUUAAAGAGAUUGUAUAAAUUAUGAGUAAAAGAUGAAAUCUGA